AUGGAACACAAGGCAUACUGGACUCUGAAAUUUCUUAAUUUUGAUGAGGCUUUAUCAAGGGAAAACAGGAAGUUGCAACUCUUGGAGCUAGAAGAAAUGAGAUUGAAUGCCUAUGAAUCUUCAAGAUUGAAGUUGUUUCCAGGAAAGCUAAAGUCUAAAUGGUCUGGACCUUUCACCAUUAAGGAAGUCAAACCCUAUGGAGCAGUGGAAUUAUUCGACCCUCAAUCAGAAACUCCGGAUAGAACAUGGAUAGUAAAUGGUCAGAGAUUGAAGCUGUACCAUGGUGGGAACAUUGAGAGGCUAACCAUCAUUAUGCAAUUACAAGACCCUUAG